CAAGUGGAGUAUAACACCGUGCUUUUCAGCGUAGUCAUGGAAAUGUUUUGGACAUCUCGCUCCUUCAUCUUUCUUUACCUUUGUUCUUUGAUGGACUUUUCUACCGCUGAAGAUAGAUGCAAGAAAGAAGUUAACAUACCUGGUAUGGCUCUCAAGGGAUUCGUCUUUAAAAGAAUUUCAGCAACAGCCCCUCAUAGGUGCGAUAUCGCCUGCGAGAGAGAAGUUGUAUGUCAAAGCUAUAAUUAUGUAUUUGCGGAAAAGGUCUGUGAACUAAACAACCGAACAAAGGAAGCAAGCCCUGACAAUUUUCGGUCAGACGAAGUACGGUUUUAUAUGAGACGCAUGAACGGUCGAGCCCCCUUAGGUUCAUUACCUGAAUUAGCAGCGUUAUCGUGCCAUGAGAUAAAGUUAAGUGAGGGUAAAGACACAAUCAGUAAAAAGUACUGGUUGGAUCCUACUGGCAUUGGGAAACCAGUGUUGGUUUACUGUGAUAUGAAAAUGGAAGAUAUUGAUGAAUGCAAAAGUGACAAACCGGUCUGUGACGUGAAUGCAAAUUGCAUCAACACCUAUGGCUCAUAUAAUUGCUCCUGCAAAGAAGGAUAUACUUGGGAUGGACGAUCAUGUUUAGCCGAUGCAUGUUUCCACUACAAAAAUCUGAGUGACGCUACAAGAAAGAGCACAUACAACACAAGCCAUGACGUCUAUGAUGACGACAAACUCUCUACGGGCUGGUACCGUUUUAUGGGAGCCGCAGGAACAAAAAUGCUAACAACGUGUGUUCCGGAAUUCAGAUGUGGCACAUAUUGGUCGGGCUGGCUCAAUGGUAGCCAUUCUACAGUGGAAGAUGGUGAAGUAACUAGGACGGUAUGCUUUAGAAGAGGUUCCUGCUGCAGGUAUACAGUGAAAAUUUCUGUGAAAAGCUGUGGAUCCUAUUAUAUAUACAAACUCUUUGCGACACCAGAUAGUAAUAUGCGCUAUUGUGGUUCAGACUGA